AUGUAUGUGAAAUGCUUUGAUACAGUAAUGUUUUACUAUGUGAUUUUAGUGAUUUUAGUGAAUGUCACUUUUUGUAAUUUUCAAAUUUCUGUCCCCCAUAUGUCCCGACGCUCGCAGGGGACGGAACCCAGAUGACAGAUGCCGGCAUCCGCCAGAUUACAUUGCCGGGGACACUGCAGGAGGGACAUCACGGGGCGCAGGACAAGGUAAGUGAUCGAGGGAUCGCGGAGCAGCGCCGCAUGGUAAGCCCGAGUGUAGCUCGGGGUUACCGCUUGUGCUACACUCGGGAAUACUGCCAGAGAGGUUAAGUAA